AUGACGGUCACCAUAUGACUCGCAUUGCAUCUUUCACAAAAUAUGAGGUUACAUACCAUCUUAUUUACCUAUUAACCUGCUGGCUUCGCGUCGGUGGAUGUGUAACGGGACAAUUAGCCUAAUGUGGUGUUGUGGAAGUUGUGGAAAAGACAUAUGGAAUCAAUUAAGUUGGGGAGAAAUUAUCAUUGUUAAGCAAUGGGCAUCAACUAAUUAGCAUUUUAUGAGAUCAUAUUUGACAAAAGACCUGAUGAAAGGACUUGCCGGGACAAGCAUGACUACGGAGAUGGAUCUGCCGCGUCUGUUGAGGGAGCAACAAGCAACAACCUCAGCUUUCCCAAAUCUGAGCACCUCAGAGAAUGACUCUAGUUGCGGUGAGCAGAUUCUCAGCCAUGGGAUUGUGGAGAAGGUUCUUAUCGGUGGAGUUCUCACUGUGCUCACUUUCCUCACAAUUGGUGGAAACUUACUUGUAGUGAUAUCCGUGUGCUUUGUGAAGAAGUUGAAGCAACCCUCUAAUUAUCUGAUUGUCUCACUGGCCGUGGCUGACCUGUCUAUAGCGGUGGCGGUGAUGCCCUUUGUCAGCAUUACGGAUCUCAUCGGAGGGCAGUGGAUCUUUGGACAGGUGUUCUGCAACGUUUUCAUUGCCAUGGAUGUGAUGUGUUGCACUGCUUCCAUAAUGACCCUGUGUGUAAUCAGCGUAGACAGGUACCUGGGCAUAACUAAACCUUUGACCUAUCCGGUGCGACAGAGUGGGAGAUGCAUGGCCAAAACUGUUCUGCUUGUGUGGCUACUGUCCGCCUCCAUCACCCUGCCCCCGCUGUUCGGCUGGGCCCAGAACGUCAACGAUGACAAGGUGUGUCUGAUCAGCCAGGACGUGGGCUACACCAUCUACUCCACCGCCGUCGCGUUCUACAUCCCCGUGUCCGUGAUGCUGAUGAUGUACUACCGCAUCUAUCGAGCGGCCAAGGUGAGCGCCGCCAAGCACACCAUCCAAGGGUUCCCCAAGGUGGAGUACGAGGGCAGCGGUGUGGACUGCGCGGCCGCUGCCCUGAAGCUCCAGAAGGAAGUGGAGGAGUGCGCCAGUUUUUCUCGCCUGCUGAAAACCGACAGAAAGAAUAUUUCCAUCUUUAAGCGGGAGCAAAAGGCGGCCGCCACCUUAGGGAUUGUUGUGGGGGCCUUCUCCAUCUGCUGGCUGCCCUUCUUCCUGCUGUCCACGGCCAGGCCCUUCAUAUGUGGGGUGGAGUGUAGCUGUGUUCCCCUCUGGGUGGAGCGGCUUCUUCUCUGGCUGGGCUACGCCAACUCUCUCAUUAACCCCUUCAUCUAUGCUUUCUUCAACAGGGACCUGAGGACCACCUACCGCAACAUCCUCCUGUGUAGGUACAGGAACAUCAACCGCAAACUGUCCGCCGCCAGCAUGCACGAGGCCCUUAGACUGGCUGAGAGGCCAGAUCCAGUGAUCUAGCUGGAGAAGUUCUCCAAAAAAAAUUAACACAGGGUCCGACAGGGGUGUCAAGAAUCUGUGGGGAAAAAGGAUGGAUUGUAGAGGAUUUGUUUUUUGUACCUUGUAAGAACGCGGAACGCUCCACUUAUGCCAAAAUAUGUGUUUGGUUGAGGGUAAAUAUUAUACUCUUCAUACUAUUAUCACAAAUACCACAUAUACCACAAAGGAAUACUAUUACUACAACCUGUUUCCAAAUAAA